CCCGCGCGCCUGUUAGUACAUGCGCAGGAGAAAAUGGCGCGUUAUUGUGUUGCGAAUGUAGCACCUCAUGAUCUCAGUGCAUAGACACUCGGUCAAUGUCACCUGACACCUGACGUUUAUCAUCACAUCAAGCGUUUUGUGCCCUAUUAAGUUUUGUAAUCGUUUAACGUUCAACCAUUCGUCGUGUAGGGCGUCUCAACGUGUGCGAAGAUGAGCAUUGCAGCGCGAAAGCUGUGCACGUUGUCUGCAGAGCUGUUUCUGCGCAGUCGGCCUAGCGCGCCUCUGUUGCGGCGUUUGUACUGCGAGGAAAGACCAGCUACUUUUGAAAAGAGCAUCAAUCAGGUAACCCUCUUGGGCCGUGUUGGAAUAGAGCCCCAGCUGCGUGGCACUGAUGCCAAUCCAGUCGUUGUGUUCACAUUAGCGACAAACAGCAACUACCGCUACGAAACCGGUGAGGUACAGCAGAAGACCCAGUGGCACCGUAUCAGCGUGUUCAAGCCAUUUCUUCGCAACUCGGUACACCAGUACACGCGCAAGGGCUCUCGAGUGCUGGUCCAGGGACGUUUGGUUUAUGGUGAAAUAACAGACGCCAAGGGUGCAACCCAUGUGACCAGCACGGUGGUGGCCGAUGAUGUCAUUUUCUUGAGCCAAAGUGCGAGAACAGCCAACGCGGAGGAGGAGACCCUUGCAGAUGCGAACUUUCAGUGAACAGAGCUUGUGCUGCAUGUGUUAAGUAGUGAACUGCAAGUUGUUUAUUGUUUCCUCAUUACUAACUUGAGAAAGAGCAGUGUUUCGAAAUUUCAUUUCAAGCAUAUAUAAGCAGAUUCAAGCACAUAUGGGAAGCCUUGGUUUUCUGUCCAUACCGUAGCCUUUACCGUAGGCUUUUAGUGCUAAACUUUUGCCUUCUUGAUUUUAAGUUCACUUGGUCAGUUAGUUUGCCUGGUUUUAAGAAAUAUCAGGUUCUGUCCAAUGCUAUUCCUCUCCCCUUUAUAUUUUGACACUUUAGUUCAGCCCAUUGAUAUGGGAAUAUCUGUCGGAUGUAUGUUUCCAUGUUCUUGGCUCUUUGCAAGCAUUCGUUUUGGCAGAGCAAAGAGAAGGGAUGAAUAAUGGUAAAAUAUGUAUAAAAGCUGUUUCAAGUGCAGCAUCGGCCAUUGUUGCAAUUGUGUCUUGAUUUAGUUUAAGUGGAGGUUCUUGUGAAGGCAUGUGUCAAGCUGGUAGCACUUGUUUGUAAUUCUGUUCUAGAUUAUACAUACUUCAGCAGGGAUUCUCAGCCUUUGUCAUGCCAAGUGCAGCCAAGGAGAGAACCCUAUAUAUAAACAUGAGGUUUUGUUAUAAUAGUUCAGUAAAAGGCAAUUCAUAGUUUUUUACAUGUUUACUGUUCUUUGACUGUUUUUCAUUCUUGUCAGAGCACUGCAAAACCUUCAUUGACCGGGUAAACUAAGUCAAAGGGAAUAGUGCUGCCAAAAAGGACAUCUUAAUGCCAUGUCUGCAAAGCAUGUGAAAGUGUAGCAAACAGAUUAAUUUGCAGUGUGUGAUGUAGCAGUCACCAGCGUUACAAAGCUAACCAAAAUUGUUUAGGCUCUGAAUAGUCUUGCAUCAUUCCGUGCGGUGAAUUGCUGUCUUAUAGCAAACUAAGAACAGCAACCUGUCGUCUUAUUUUACAGCUUGCAACGUCUACUUAACUAUGUAGAAUACACACUGACGUUUAAUGAUAACGGUACAUUUGACAUGAAGAGCAAGUAUAUAGUGUUCUGCAAUUUGUAUUACUGUUGAGGUUACACUUGCUUACAUCUUUUACCUCUGCUUGGUGCCAUUGUGUGUAGCCAGUGAUGUCAUUACAAGCUAUGGCAACUGAUGCAAUACAUGCUAAAAUUGGGCAUUCUUACAGAGCUCACUGGCUCUAAAAGAAUGGGUGAAACUGAUUAUAUACCCUUAGAAGCUGUCACACUGCUGUCUUGCUGAAGAAUUGGUAAACUGCACUCACCAGCAUGGGCGUCGGCAGGAGGGUGCAAAGGGGCCUCUUGCCCCCCUCAGCACAAAAUUCUGCUGACGCCCAUGCUCACCAGAUUAAAAGAAUAUUAAUCAUGCAGUAAAUUCAUGUGCAGUGCUAUUGACACGACAGAAAUGUGAAAAUACCCUUUGUCCAUUGUAUAAUGCUGAAAUAUCUGGUGUGUUCUAAUUUGUGUUAAGCUGUGCAGUGUGGUAGUACUGGCUGCUAGCAAAGCCUGCAUUUUGUUUAUGGUAUGAAAUGCUGAUAAUUCAGUGACUUUACGAAAAGAAUAAAUCUUGUACUCAA